AUGGAUGAGGAUAAUGAGGUUGGAUUGCCACAAAAAGGAAUCAAUCAGAUAAUAAAGGUAAGAACUUUUUUUAAAAAUAAAUAUCAAUAUCAGACAUUUUUCAAGAAGUAGUUCCUGAUAUGAGAAUUGCAAAUGAAUCUCGCGAUUUGAUCAAUAUAUGUUGUGUAGAAUUCGUGAAACACAUUGCAAGAGAAGCCCAAAGAAUUGCGAGUCAAGAUCAGCGGAAGACAAUUUAUCAUGAACACGUGUAAAAAGCAUUGCAAAAUCUAGGAUUUCCUCCGGAUUAUUUAGAAGCGGCAAAUAGUGAGUCACUGUUAUUCCCCUUGUUUCUAAACUUGUGUUUUACAAACUCCUGUCUAUCGUUAAUUUUUGAUGCGCCCGAUAUCCGUUUUUUAAAUUUUUUGGGAGAGUAAUGAAUAAAUAAAUGUUAAAAUGGGAAUUUUAUUUUUAAAGGUUUUCAAUUGAAACCCUCUCAAAUAUAUUAUUGAUUUUAAUUGUCUGUUUACUCUACUUUUCUUUUUUUUUUGUCUAUUUACUCUACCGAUAUUUUAAAAUCUCUGUGCAGCUAAAAUAAAUUGAAAAUUCAGGAAAAUUACCUAGAAAAUUUUUGAUUUUUGCACCUUUUCCGAACAUCGUUGCGAACGUCCAAAACUACCGAAAUACUAUAAAAUCUUUUAAAAAAAAAUGAAAAUAAAACAACAAUACUCCGCGAAAUUACGUUUGACACGUGCUGUUUAGCGCUAAACAACACGCAUUUCGCGGAGUGUUGUUGUUUUAUUUUUGAUUAAACACCCGGGUGUGUUUAAUUUAGCUCUUAGGAGUUUCGCGUCGUUUAUUCUGCUUGUAUUUGAAAAAUGUUAAAAUGGGAACUUUAUUCUGCAUGUUUAUAUAACUAAAUCCGUUUGUAUAUUUUCAUAUUAUUAUGUUCUCUAGGUUAUUUGAUUAAUGCAAUAUUUUUUAGAAUGCUCUUUGAACCUAUCGAUCUCUCCAAUCAGGCGUUGAUUUCUAAGGCGAAUUCCUAUUCAUUGUUUAUUGAAUUCAACAAUGAAUGCAUUUGUUGUGUGAAACUAACGAAGGAAUUCGCCGUCACCGCGCUCCAUUGUAUUCCCGAUGAAUUCCGCGUUCUUGGCAAACAUGUAUUAUUGCAAGAUCACGGAGGAAAGGAACAUCGAGCUCAAAUUCAUUCAAUGAACUCUUUGUCUGAUUACGCGGUAUUCAAAAAAGAAGAAGGACAUUUCGAUAAUGUUCCAAACAUUAUUGUCCCAAAUAUUCUUGAUCAAUAUAUCGCAGUUGUGAGUAAUUAAACAUGACUAAAUUUAUAAAUAUUAAUAAUUCAUUUUCAGGGCUCGUCAUUUGGAGAGCUGAAGUUAUCGUAUCGAAUCGGGCACGUAUCGACAAUUUCAAAUGGAACGAAUGGUUUUAUAUAUGGAACAUCAGGAGGACUUCCGGGAUAUUCCGGCGGUAUGUGUAAAAGUAGUAGUAGUAGUAAUUAUAGUUAAUUUUAGGAGGAAUUUAUCAUGUUCGAACCGGAAACUUAAUUGGAAUUACUCGAGGAAAUCAAUAUGAGGGAAAGGGAACUCACACUUAUGGCGAUAUUUUAGAAAUAAUAAGCGCACAAGGUGAGUAUUAUUGACAAUAAAACUUUCCGGAACCGGCUAUGUACCCAAAAUUUUGGGUUAAAAACUUUUCUAGAAAAAACUUCUUUUUUUCCAAAAGUUUUCAACCGGUUCCGAAAAGAGUACCCAAUGAGUCUUGUAAUAAUUUCGUUUUUUUAAGUGAUUUAUCGAGACAUUGAGAUGUUUGGACAAUUCAACAUUUGA